AGGCGGAGGCGGCACCCGCGGCACCGUCUCCCGCUUCCCCUCUCGGCGCUGCAGGCCGGCCGGCCGGCCGGGCCGGGAAUCUCCUGCGAACUGGGGAGGAGCUGCCGCCACCAGGCCGGCUGAGCGUCCGGGGAGCGUGGAAGGGGGCGGGGAACGCGGGGAGCCGGGGCCGAUCCCGGCCCUUAAAGCGGCCCCCCCCGCUCCCCGCGCCCCGGCAGCCUCACUCCGGAGCCGCGGCCGCAGCAGUUCAAGCUCUGUAACAUCAAAGUGCCAUCUCCUGAUUGGGCCGUUUUCAGGAACUCGCGUCAGUUUUCAUAACAGCUUAAAAGCAAGGGGAGAGGCGAAGCAUAGAGAGCUGCAGAUCAAACCCUCCUGAACCCCCCGGAGCAAGUGAGACCCCUGGAGAAUGCUGGCUGCCAGGCGGCUGGGGGGGUCCUUCCUCUGAGGUGGGUAGGCCGGUGUCCAUGGGACAGCUUCCUCACUCCUGGGCCCACCAUGGCCUCCACUCUCUGGCUGGACGGCUGAUGUGACCGGUGCCCCGAGCGUGCACACUGCCUGACUGGGUGCCGUCCCAGCUACCACCUGCUCUCAGAGGCUGGGAGCAGGGCAUGUUGGUGUCCGAUGCUACCAGAAACCAGACAGGCAGAGUGAUGGCCUCCUGCAAGCUGAGAUGGAGGUGACCUGAGGCCUCCUGGAUGUUCCUGGUGACGGGACAGCUGAGAAGUUGGAACACAGGCCUGCCGGGGAGCAGUAUGCAGGAAGCUGGCUUUCAGGCCACAAAUGCUUUCACAGAGUGCAAAUUCACCUGCACCAGCGGGCAAUGCUUGUAUCUUGGUUCACUGGUCUGUAACCAACAGAACGACUGUGGGGACAACAGUGAUGAAGAAAACUGUCUCCUGGUGACUGAACAUCCACCUCCGGGCAUCUUCAGCUCGGAGCUGGAGUUCGCCCAGGUGGUCGUCGUCGUGGUGGUGGUCACAGUGAUGGUCGUGGUUGUCGUCUGCCUGCUGAACCACUACAGAGUCUCCACCCGGUCCUUUAUCCACCACCCGGGGCAGGGCCAGAGGCAGGACGGACCGCAGCCGGAAGGGCGCCUGUGGCCUUCAGACAGAUCUGGACCUCGGCCAGCCUCAGAGAUCAUGUACGCCCCGCGGUCCAGGAAUGGGGGGACUGCCCCAACCUUUCUCCAGAGGGAUCGGUUCAGCCGCUUCCAGCCCACCUACCCCUACGUGCAGCACGAGAUCGACCUUCCCCCCACCAUCUCCCUGUCGGACGGGGAGGAGCCACCUCCUUACCAGGGGCCCUGCACCCUGCAGCUCCGGGACCCCGAACAGCAGAUGGAACUCAACCGAGAGUCUGUGAGGGCCCCGCCCAACCGAACCAUAUUUGACAGCGAUUUGAUAGACGUGUCCGUCUACAGCGGGGGCCCACGCCCACCCAGCAGCAAUUCGGGCAUCAGUGCCAGCACCUGCAGCAGUAACAGGAAGAUGGAGGGGCCACCCCCGGCCUACAGCGAGGUGAUGGGCCACUGCCUGGGCGUCACUCUCUUCCACCCCCAGCACAGCAGCAUGCACAGAGGGAGCAGACUGCCACUCCAGCGGGACAGCCUGGGGGGCACCGAGCUGCCCGUCCAGGGCAAGGACAGGAAGCCCGGGAACCUCAUCUGACCUGCGUGCAUAC